GUCAUGUAAAUCUGCAGUGAAAAUUGACUUAAAAUAAGCACUAUGGGUGCUAAGUGCUCUUUCUCCAGAGAAACCCUUGAUUAGAAUUAAUUUCCCCAGGGAAGACAGAGUCCAUUUAAAUCUCUCUGUAUUUCUGAAACCUGAUCAAUGAGACUGAAGUUUGUGCAGGUAGGAUGAGAGGAGGAUUUGAUUCAGAAGCAAGUGGACCCACACAAUGGUGGGUGCUGUUUUUUGUCGCUUUUACAGCUCUUCCAAACUCUGUUGUUUGCAACAGAGAAACUGCCCAGUAUAAGAUCACGGUUGGGCUCCAAGCUCCUCGGAACAUUUCCUACCCAUUCAGUGUGCUUAGGUUGGGCUCUGCAAUGCAGAUAGCCAUAGACAAGAUCAACACAAAUCCAUCUUUCAGUGGAAAUUUCACCUUUGAUUUUGUGUACACAGACACAGACUGUAAUGCAAAGAUUUCACUUCGUGCUUUUAUUGAACAAGUGAUGGACAAAAAUGUCUCAGCGCUGUUUGGACCACCCUGUCCUCAGGAGGCUGAAGUCACUGGGCUAAUUGCAUCCACAUGGAACAUUCCAAUGUUUGCAUUUGUUGGCCAGACACCAAAAAUGGAUGAUAUUCUGGUGUAUGACACCUAUAUCAAAAUUGUACCUCCACUUAAAAGGGUUGGAGAAGUCUUGGUUAAAACACUGGAUUUCUUUGGUUGGAAAUAUGUUGGUAUGAUCGGAGGCGGUGCAGACACAAACACAUGGGACAGUGUUGAUGGUCUUUGGAAGUCUGUGGAGCAGCAACUCAAGGCCAGAGUAACAGUGACAGCAGGAAUCAAGUUUGAUACCAGUGACUCAGAAUUGAUAAACAGAAACUUACAACUCAUUUCUAAGGUUACGAGAGUGGUGGUUGUGCUUGCUAAUGCUGAGGACUCCACAGCUCUGAUGAUAGAAGCACAGAGACAGGGCCUGGUGAAUGGAGAGUAUGUUUUCCUUCUCGUUCAGCAGUUUGAGGUCAGUGGCAAAGAUAAUCUGUGGAAAUCUUCUGUAGGUGAAUUAAAUCAAACAAUGUGUAAGGCCUUUGAGAUGGUGUUUGUACUCGCUCAGAAGUCCUAUGAGGGAUAUGACUACUAUGACUUCUUCGAGCAGGCUUAUGAGAGGUUGAAAGGGGCCCCUUUUUACAGCAACCUGUCCUCAGAAAAAGAGGUAAGCUCCUACGCUGUCUAUUUACAUGAUGCUGUCCUGCUUUAUGCAAUGGGUCUGAAAGAAGCCUUUAAAAAUGGGAAAGACAUCAGUCAUGGACGAGAGAUUCUGAAAAAGCUUAGGGAUAGGACCAGCAUCAGGUUUUAUGGUAAUUUUCGAUGCACUUGCAGGUUUGUAAAGCCUCUCAUUUUUGCUAAACUGUAUUCAUUGUAUAUAACAAAAAUAAUCUUUGUUUUUCCAACAGGGGCUUCAGGUCUGGUUCACUUUGAUGAAUAUGGAGAGAGGAACUUGGACUAUUCACUGUAUGACUUGCAGCAAAUGGAAGAUGUGAUAAAAUUCGUACCUGUUUUGGACUUUGACAGCCAUACAAAAACGAUCAAACCCACAUCAAGGUUUUCUAAUGUAGUUUGGCCAACUGGAAAACCUCCAACAGAUAAUCCACCCUGUGGUUUCGACAAUGAGCUCUGUGAAUGGUUAGAAAAUGAGAUAUCUCUUCUGGUUCUGUUGGUGGCUUUGCCUGUGUUUGGAGUGUCAGCUGUGGUCUUGGUCACAUUGCUGACCUUACAGAAGAUUCGUCUUCAAACCCGCCUGGAUGAGUCUAACUGGUGGCUCAUAAACUACAGUGACAUAACUAUCCUCAGAGAGCCCAAAGGAACACAAACACUAUCUGUUAGCACAACACCAACCAAAGGUGGAAGUGAAGGCUCUCAGUCCAUUUUCUCCUCAAACAGCUGUAGUCUGAGAGGAAGCUGCAAAGAAACCAUCUACACCACUAUUGCUCUCUAUCAGGGAAACAAGGUGGGCAUAAAAUACUUGAAAAAUCAAACCCUCACUGAUAUCAAGAAACCAUCAGUCAUCGCAGAGUUCAAUGUGAUGAGAGAGAUGAAACAUGAGAACCUUGUACAGUUUUUCGGUGUGUGUAUUGAGCCGCCAAAUGUCUGUAUUGUCAUGCAGUACUGCAAGAAAGGAAGUUUAAAGGAUGUUCUGGGGAACAGUGAAAUUGAGCUGGACUGGAUGUUCAAAUUGUCCUUUGCCUAUGACAUUGUUAAUGGUAUGGAGUACAUACAUAAGAGCAGUAUGAAGUCUCAUGGAAAUCUGAGACCCAGUACUUGUCUGGUGGACAGCAGGCUACAGAUCAAGCUCUCUGGCUUUGGCUUGUGGGAGUUCAAACAUGGCACAAAAUACAGACUGAUCCCACUGGAGAAUCCAAAGUAUGAGGAGAUGUAUUGGACAGCUCCAGAGUUUUUGAGAGAAGCCUACUACCCUUUCAAUGGCACGCAGAAAGGAGACAUCUUUAGCUUUGCCAUAAUUAUGCGAGAGCUGAUGUACAGUACGGAGGUGGGCCCGUACCACGACAUUCAUCUAGAACCAAAAGAGAUUAUCAAGCAGUUAAGGACCCCUAUGAACGAGGAGCCCCUCAGACCAACACUAUCUGCUGAUAUCUGUGAUGAACGUCUGAUCCCUUUGCUAAAGGCCUGCUGGAGUGAGAACCCAGACCACAGACCUCCAUUCAGCAGUAUCAGGAGACGCCUGCGGGAGGCCAGCCCUGAAAGCCAUGCCAACAUCCUGGACAACAUGGUGAGCAAACUUGAGAAAUAUGCCAAUCAUCUGGAAGAAGUAGUGGAGGAGAGAACCAAUCAGCUCACAGCAGAAAAGAGUAGAGCAGAUAAGCUCCUCUCUAGCAUGCUGCCCAGGUAUAUUGCCGAGCAGCUAAUGGCUGGGAACUCAGUGGAGCCCAGAAGUUAUGACAUGGUGACCAUCUUUUUCUCAGACAUUGUGGGUUUCACCACCAUGUGCUCCAUCAGCUCAGCUCUGGAGGUGGUCAACCUCCUUAAUGACCUCUACAGUCUUUUUGAUGAGAUAAUCAAGCUAUAUGAUGUCUACAAGGUGGAGACCAUAGGGGAUGCAUAUAUGGUGGCCAGUGGGCUGCCUAUCAGUAAUGGUACUCUUCAUGCAGAGGAGAUCUCUACUAUGGCCCUCCACUUUCUCUCCGCCAUCAAAAGGUUCAAAAUUAGACAUUUGCCUACUGAGAAACUGGCCCUACGGAUUGGGAUUAAUUCUGGCCCAGUGGUUGCUGGAGUUGUGGGUAGUACAAUGCCACGAUACUGUUUGUUUGGAGAUACAGUGAACACGGCUUCCAGGAUGGAAAGCAACAGUCUUCCAAUGAGAAUUCAUAUCUCUCAGAGUACUGCUGAUAUUCUCAUUAAGACUGGAAAGUUUGAAUUGGAGGAGAGGGGCGAUAUUGAAAUCAAGGGAAAGGGAACUCAGAAAACCUUCUGGUUAAAAAGCAAAACUGGAUCUAAUUUUCUUCCCACUGGCCAGGACUGUGAUGUAAGCCCUAAAUCAGUAACAGGUGAAAAAACCAAACCAGCCUCUACAAAUGAUAGAGAGAUGAAAGAAAAAAGAGCACCCCAGCACACCCCAGGCAUGACGAAAUCAACAGAAAUGCACACCCUUACUGUACCUGAUAUAUAGACUUAAAAAGUGAGACCGCUC